CUCACAAAACAACUAUGGCUUUCACGCUAUAUAUAUAAAUAGAUGUUUUGAAAUAUCUCAUUCGUUCUGUGAGUAAUUAACUCUACAGUAUGAUUCAGUGACUUGACUUUGUAUUUUAAUGCCACAUUUAAUUUUCUGUUCUGUUAUUUUUCAAGUUUAUGAUGAAGCAACGCAUCAAAAAGAUUUGAACUUUUUUCUUUGACCUCAAGGCGAAUUCACACCUUGUGUUGGGCAAGAAUAAUUUAAGAACUAUCUUAGAUACACUUAUUAAAAUGGAUGCUUCUUUGUCAAGAAUUGUUCUUGCGAUCAUGUUAGCUGGAAUCAUUGGAUCAAGUCAUUCUAUGUUGCCCAGCACUAAAAAUAUUUUUGCCAGACCCGAAAAGAUCAAAGAACCACUAUCGACCAACAAGUGCAAGGAUUCAAGUGAAAACUGUCCUGCUUGGGCUAAGCUAGAAGAAUGCAAAAGGAAUCCAGGCUGGAUGCUGAUAAACUGCUGCAUUUCAUGCAAAUAUGUUUGUAGCCCUUCUGCGAACAAUUGCACAGAUAAUCAUAGGUAUUGUGGCACUUGGGCACAAAAUGGAGAGUGCCAAAAAAGCAAGUCUUGGAUGCUAGAAAACUGCUGCAGAUCUUGUAAAGCAGUUUGGAGACAAGCUUGGAAUUGCUCCGACAGCAAUCAACAGUGCAGUGAAUGGGCCAGACAAGGUGAAUGCAAGAAGAAUCCAAGAUGGAUGCUCACAAACUGUUGUGAAUCCUGCAAAAAUGCAUCAAAGAUUCGCAGGACUUGUGCAGAUACCAACGUUAAUUGCAAAGAAUGGGCAAAACGGGGAGAGUGUAAAAUAAAUGCCCAAUGGAUGCUGCCAAAUUGUUGCAUAUCUUGCAAAAAAGAAUGGAAGAAAACAAACUACUGCUAUGAUGCAAGUAAAUACUGUGAGGUGUGGGCUCAAAGUGGAGAGUGUAUGAACAAUCGAGAAUGGAUGUUGCAUAACUGCUGUCAAUCUUGCAAGAAAGCUGGGAGUCAAACGCAACGUUGCACUGAUAAACAUAAAUAUUGUCAUCACUGGGCAAAAUGGGGCAAAUGCAGAAAAAGUCACGCAUGGAUGAAAAUUCAAUGCUGCAAAUCUUGUAAAACUGCAUGAUUUGAUUUGACGGGGAACAUCUUUUCAAGAACUCUUCGUUUUGGCUUUUUAUUGUAAUAAUUUGAUCUGUGUCAUGUGAAAUUCUCUUUUUGCAUCAUAGACCUUGGGUAUUUUUUAUAAGAAAUUUUGUACCAUGAAUAAGGCAUGCGAAUAGAGAAAAAAAUAUCGUCUUGUUUUUAACUUCAUUUAUCAUAUAAGAAUGCAUAUCUUAACUCUUCAUUUAUCAAUAGCUGUAUACAACUGUUUGAAACUAUUUGCGCUAAUUAAUCUAAUUUUAGUACGAAAAUGUGAUUAGAUGUAGUCAAUCAUUUUCUUUUUCCUGAUUGAGUCUUUCUGUGAAGCUUCUUGAAUGAACCUGUGAAUU